UGUGGAAUCUUUGCUCACACCCCCAUUUUCUCAAAGAGAAGGAGACUACCCCCAAAAUUGUUAGAGAAAGAGUGGACUAUAACAGCAAGAGGGAAGGGGCGGUCCUGUUUCACGCCCUGCCGACGUUCACUAAGGAGGAAAUCGAGGAAAUAAAAGGAAGUUCAGAUUUUUUUGGUUUGAACCACUACACAAGCAGAUAUGCAACUUCAGGACUAGUAGGACCGGAUCCUUCAUUGGACAGGGACUCCGGAUCUGUUCUAAGUUGUGAUCCUGCCUGGAAGACAGCAAAAAUCAUUGUGGUUAAAGAAUACAACAACCCUCCAGUGUUUGUCACUGAGAACGGCUACAGCUCAGAUGGUGCUCUCGAUGAUGUUGACAGAAUACAGGAAAGAUUUGGUAUCCACAAUGUAGAUUUCAGUGACUCAAAAACGGCGCCAAGAGAGAAGAGAAAGUCUGUGGGAAAUAAACUUCAAGAAACUGCAAUGCAGGACAGAGAAUUGCUGGGGCCGACAGUGACUCGGGAGGAUCUUUGGUCUGCAAACAGGCAGACAGCCGGUGAUAUCUUUGCGGAUACUUGUAAGGAGCUAAAUAAAAUUGAGGAAAUGUCUUCUUCGUGUACUUUUCCUCCAGAUUUCCUCAUUGGCUGUGCGUCAGCGUCAUACCAAGUGGAAGGGGGAUGGAAUGCUGAUGUGGUGUUCUGCUCAUCAUGGAGGCCAGCUUUCCAGCAGAGCAGGAAAACCCUGAAAACCCAUGAUGAGAGAGCAGCAGGAGGCAAGAGCUCCUCUCCUGGACCUCGUCAGUUUGAAAAAAGCAACUUAAGCCAGCAUGUGGUCCCAUGGGGAUUUAGAGCCCUACUGAACAGAAUACGGACAGAAUACAACAACCCUCCAGUGUUUGUCUUUGAGAACGGCUACAGCUCAGAUGGUGCUCUCAAUGAUGUUGACAGAAUACAGUAUUUUCAUGAUUAUUUAGAACAAAUGCUGAAAGCCCUUCAUGAAGAUGGAUGCAACAUAAUUGGAUACACAGUUUGGAGUAUCAUGGAUAACUUUGAGUGGCUAGGAGGCUAUUCAGAAAGGUUUGGAAUCCACAGUGUAGAUUUUAAUGAUCCAAAACGACCAAGACAGAAAAGACAAUCUGCUGAGUACUUCAGAAAACUAAUGCAGACAAGGCAACUACCCAAUGUCUGAGAGUGGAAUAAAAUGAAAGAUUAAAUAGUAAGUUAGUGUAAUGCAAUAGUUUACAGUUCACGGAAUUAGUCCCCUCAACAAUUAAAUUAUGAUGUUAGUUAAUGUUAUUCAUUACUUUAACAACAGUAUCUAGAACUGACCUAUAUACACACUAUAAGUGUAGAAUUUAAGAAAGUUGUAUGGUUUAGAUUAUAAAUAUGAAUAAGUUAUGACUGUUUUGGAAUGCAAAUUGUGUAAGGAAUCAUACAAAAAUAUGUGUGAAAGCUUUUAUAUCUAGCAGAUGAUAAUAUAAGAAUAACCUUUGAUAAACAAGGUUUUUAUGCCUUUUGAGAAAACAUUCAUAUAUGAAUAAUGAAUUUUUACCAUAACAUUUAUUUUGCAAAUGUAACUAAAAACUACUAAUUACAUUAUUUAAUUGCAUGCUUUGGAUCAGCAAUUUGUGACAUGUUUAUAGUGUGGCUCAAUCCAGGCUGAAAACUUAUUAGUAAACUGCACAUUAUUGGUUGAUCUUUAUAUUUGGUAUGCACCUGCUUCUCCUGGCAACAACAAAGCCAACAUGGUGUUCCUCAUGCACAAUCUUUAAUGUCAGCUCAGGAUAGUUCUCACCAAAAACGUUGUAUUCAAUACUUAGCAAUGUGUUUAUGAUAGUCAUGUACAUGUAUAUUUUGUACAACAGAAAUUAGACGUAAAAUUCUGGCCAACAACAUGGGUUUUAGAUGUAAAAUUCUAGAUGGUAUUUGUCAGCAUAUAAAAAUUUUAUUUAUUAUUCAGUGAUGAUUAGUUAUAGUAAGGAAUUAAAUUCCCUUAUAUGAAAACUAUUAAGGCAGAAAAUUACUCUAUGUAGAGAUUAUAUGAUACUAUGAACAUUUAUAUAAAGUGUUUACCAAUAUCUUUAUAUCAUAAUAUAUGUAUGCAUUAUAUACGUUAUAAAUUGAAUAAAUAUUAUUUUCUGACAAA